CAAUAUCAUUCCCAAAUCUCAUCCCUCUUGGUUCUUUACCUUUUAUCACUUGUUUCUAUUUUCAUUUACAUUUACAUUUACAUUUUCAUUUUCAUUUUCAUUUUCCUCCCUGCAUAUUCGUUUCAUUUCAAGCGGAGCUGCAUCGGAUUUCCAACUCUUCCUGAUUCUAGUUCAAGCAGAAGGGUGUUAUUUUGAACAGAAGAGGAGAAAUAUGAAUCAUUGUGGGAUCCAACAGAAAAAUACCUUUGCGUCAUCUUGCGAUGAAAUGAGGAACGCUGUUUCAGUUUCUGUAUCCUUUGACAAGGGCGACCAUAUGGUUUGCCCAAAACCUAGGCGGCUCAGCCUCUUCAACACCCCUAUGAACGAGCCUGUUAGGCAUUUGAGAUGGCAUAUGUGCUAUCAACCUGAACCAUAUGAAUCUAAAGCAGGCAUUGAGCUAUUGGAAAUCAUCUUUGAAAAGGGUGGUGGUUACAGUGCAUCAGAAAAAACAUGUACAGAGGCUGCUUCGUCUCCCCCGUUUUUCAGUGGGUCACCACCAAGCAGAGUAUCUAACCCAUUAAUACAAGAUUCCCGAUUUGGGGAUGAGAAAGUCUCCCCAGUGUCAGCGCAUUCAAUAAUUCCUGUUCCUGCAUCUGGUAGGUCAUCACUGUCCCCGUCUUCAUACGAAAGGGAAGUAGGAUCUAUUGGUGGCAAUUUUGGUAACAAACCAGCUGUAAGAAUCGAGGGGUUUAAUUGCCUCAACAGGGAUAAUGGUCGCAAUUGCAGCAUCUCUGCCCUGGCUUAAUCCAAACCCUUGUUUACAGAACAUCUUAAGUACAUAUGAAACUAAAAACAAAGUUUGAGAGUUAGUAGAGCAGAAAAAUGCAAGUUGAUGAAGAGUUUUGAACAUUAUGAGGAGAAUGGGAGGAUGUACAUUCGUCUUUCUUGUACUUUGUUGUAAGUAAGUAUGAGUAGAGGGUCUGUGUCUGUAAAUAGAUUGUAUGUACGUAAUUAAUUAGAGGUAUUAACCAGAAACAAGUAAGAGACGGGAGAGAUUAGUAGUGAGGUUUAGAAUUUUACCCUUCUGGUGAUGAUUUGUAAGUAUAGUAGAAGAUCAAAGAGGGUGAAUUUUCCGAAUUUCGAUUUGUAUGUCUUGUUUUGCGAAUCUGGGAUUGCGACUUUAGAAGCAAUUUGUACAAAAUAAUUUAAGGGUGUUCGUAGAUUUUAGUUUUUUGGGAGAGGGCAAAUGUUUUGAGAUGUAUAUAUGAACCACUCUAAUCUCUAUGGUAUUUAUCUUGCUCUUUAUUUGAA